AUCUCAGCUGUGCCAUGACAGCGACAUUGUUGCUCCUCUCACACCCCAAAAUAUCCUCCUCUGUCUAUCAGCAAGAAAGCUUUAUUACUUACAUAAUAAGGAUAUUAAUUUAGGUACAUGUUAUUACCCUAAAGUUAAAUAAAUAUCCAGGUACUAUUAUAUAGUUUUUGUUUUUUUGCACUAAAGCUGUUAGCAGCAGAGACAGAGCAUAGUUACUUGUUUUUAGCUGCAUUUCUCUUUCUCUUUUCUCAUUCUGUUUGAUAUUUUUUUUUAAAUUCAGGAAACUGAAAAACACAUUUUUACAUUUUUUUCUGAAAAAAUUUUCACAUUCAUGUGUGUAAACUCUAGGCGUGGCUUGGACACUGGUUAAAAAUAGCUUUAAUAAUAAUAAUAAUAAUAAUAAUAAUAAUAAUGAUGAUGAUGAUGAUGUCCAGGAACCUUCCAGAAUGUAGAGUCAUUUGUGCAUCACCGUUUACUAAUAAAUGAUAGUCUGAAUCUAUAUAUACUGUAGCAGGGGUGUCAAAACUUUUGUCACAUAGGGCCAGAGCAAAAUACCGAGGGCUGGUCACCAAAAUAUUGUGUGUAUAUAUGUAUAUAUGUAUAUACACACACACACCGAUCAGAGCUCACAUUAAAAGCACACACUGGUGAGGUGAAUAGCAUUGAUUAUCUCAUUACAAUGCAACCUGUCAGGGUUGAGAUAUAUUAGGCACCAAGUGAACUGUUAGUUCUCGAAGUUGAUGUGUUGGACGCAAGAAAAAUGGACAAGCGUAAUGAUCUGAGUGACUUGGAUAACGGCCAAAUUGUGAUGGCUAGAUGACUGGGUCAGAGCAUCUCCAAAUCAGCAGGUCUUGUGGGGUGUUCCUGGUAUGCAGUGGUCAGUACCUACCAAAAGUGGUCCAAGGAAGGACAACCAGUGAACCCGGAGACAGGGUCAUGGGCAUCCACUACUCACUGAUGCGUUUGGGGUGUGAAGGCUAACCUGUCUGGUCCGAUUCCACAGAAGAGCUACUGUAGCACAAACUUCUGAAAAAGUUAAUGCUGGUUGUGAUAGAAAGGUGUCAGACCACACAGUCUAUCGCAGCUUGCUGUGUAUGGAGCUGCGUAGCUGCAGACCGGUCAGAGUGCCCAUGCUGACUCCUGUCCACCGCUGAAAGCGCCUACAAUGGGAACAUGAGCAUCAGAACUGGAGCAAUGGAAGAAGGUGGCCUGGUCUGAUGAAUCAUGUUUUCUUCUACAUCAUUUGGACGGACGGUUGCGUGUGCGUUGCUUACCUGGGGAAGAGAUGGCACCAGGAUGCACUAUGGGAAGAAGGCAAGCUGGUGGAGGCAGUGUGAUGCUCUGAGCAAUGUUCUGCUGGGAAAUUUUGGGUCCUGGCAUUCAUGUGGAUGUUACUUUGAAAUGUACCACCUACCUAAACAUUGUUGCAGACCAGGUACACCCCGUCAUGGCACCGGCCUCUUUCAGCAGGAUAAUGCUCCCUGCCACACUGCAAAAACUGUUCAGGAAUGGUUUGAGGAACAUGACAAAGAGUUCGAAGUGUUGACUUGGCCUCCAAAUUCCCCAGAUCUCAAUCCAAACGAGCGUCUGUGGGAUGUGCUGGACAAACAAGUCCGAUCCAUGGAGGCCCCACCUCACAACUUACAGGACUUAAAGGAUCUGCUGCUAACGUCUUGGUGCCAGAUACCACAGCACACCUUCACAAGACCUCAGGACUCCAUGCCUCGACGGGUCCGAGCUGUUUUGGCGGCACAUGUAAAGUGUAUAUAAAUAUUUAUACAUCCGAAUCGGGUAAACGGUGCAGGAACUACAGUAAUUUUUAUAUGUUGUCCCUCCUAUUUAUUGGACCAAAAGUAAUUGGACACACUAACAAUCAUAAAUUACAUGCUCAUUUUUCGUACUUGGUUGCAAAUCCACUUUAGUUAAGAACUCUUAAAGGUUAUCCAUGCUUACUUUGAUCAAGAGUUGCUUCUGCCAGGAUAAUCUCCUGCUGCUUCAGUUUCUCUGCCCACUCAUCCUCUGAAUAAUUUUUAUUUAUUUAUUUAUUUUGCAUUGCCCAUGAGUGAUUUCAUAACGUCUCAUGGUAUUAAAUUCCUUAAUUACCGCAACAGUCUCUUGGCAUAUGAGGCGCAUGAAUUUGCUGUGGCUCUCGAUGGAAAAAUAUUCUUGUUUCCAGAUCUCCAGCUUGCCCCUUCUCACUGUUACCUUUGCCCUUUUUGUUUGUAGCCAUGAUUAAAUAUCCUUCAGGAAAUUAAUUUAUAGCUGUAGUCAGAGAAUAAAGACUAGCUGUGUUAACAGUCUGCUGCCACCGACAGGUGAAAGGAAAAAUUGCAACGUUUUGGCCAACAGGUCACCUAUCACACACUUUGAGAGAAGCCGCAGUCCAAUUAACAUCUGUCCACGGGCCACGCUUGGCUCUGGGGCCGUACUCUGGACAUCCCUGCGCUAUAUGGCCAAAAGUUUGUGGACACCUGACCAUCACACGCGUAUGCGGACUUUCCCCAACUGUUGGAAGCACACGGUUUUGUAUCAUGACGGAUCGAGCCAGACAUGGAUAAAUAUGAGAAGGUGAAGAAGAUCGGGGAGGGCUCUUUCGGGAAAGCCAUUCUGGUAAAGUCCAGGGAGGAUGGUCACCAGUACGUCAUCAAGGAGAUCGGCAUCUCCAGGAUGUCUAAUAAAGAGAGACAGGAGUCGCGCAAAGAAGUGGCCGUGUUGGCUAACAUGAGUCAUCCCAAUAUUGUGCAGUACAAGGAGUCAUUUGAAGAGAACGGAUGCCUGUAUAUAGUGAUGGACUACUGCGAAGGAGGCGACCUGUUUAAGAAGAUCAAUAACCAGAAAGGACUUCUCUUCCCUGAAGAACAGAUACUUGACUGGUUUGUGCAGAUAUGCCUGGCUCUCAAACACGUACACGAUCGUAAGAUCCUUCACAGGGAUAUCAAGUCACAGAAUAUUUUCCUGACUAAGGAUGGUACAAUACAGCUAGGGGACUUUGGGAUCGCCAGAGUUUUAAACAGUACCGUGGAGUUGGCCAGGACCUGCAUCGGCACACCUUACUAUCUUUCUCCUGAGAUUUGUGAAAAUAAACCAUACAACAAUAAAAGUGAUAUUUGGGCCUUGGGAUGUGUCCUGUAUGAAAUGUGCACACUUAAGCAUGCUUUCGAGGCUGGGAACAUGAAGAAUUUGGUGCUGAACAUCAUCCGAGGUUCAUACCCACCAGUGUCGGGGCAUUACUCUCAGGACCUGCGUGCUCUCUUGGGCCUGCUUUUCAAACGCAACCCGCGGGAGAGACCCUCUGUUGGUGCGAUACUGGACAAGCCGUUUCUCGCCCGCCGAAUCCAGAAGUUUCUCUCUCCACAGCUCAUCGCUCAGGAAUUCAGCCAAUCACUUCUCGGCAAACAACCCAAAAUAAGUGUCGCCCAGGGAGUACCAGCCAAGCACCCCGUCCCUGGUCCGGCAUCCAUUACCCCUACUCAGAAAAUCACCAAACCAGCUGCCAAAUAUGGAGUGCCUUUAACAGCAAAGAGACCUGCCGACGCCGUGCGGAAGCCAGCUGAUGCAGCCAGGAAACCAGUAGAGAGGAAGCCUGGGGUCAAACUCAAACAGGCUCCCCUUCCAGCAGCAGUUCAGAGGAGAAUGAAUCGAAUGGAGGAGGAGAGGAGGAAGCAUGAGGAAGGAGCGAGGAAAAAAAGGAUGGAGCUGAUGGAGAGAGAGAGGAAACAGCGAGAGCAGAUGUUUCUGCUGAAGGCUGCUCAGAUGAAAAGAUUUGAGAGGGAAAAGCUUAAUAGGAUCAACCGUGCACGAGAGCAAGGCUGGAGGAACGUUUUAAGCUCCAGCGGAGGCAGUAGUCCAGAGAGGAAGUUUUUUGGGGGUGGAGGUAUGGGAGUCCCUCCUACUCCAGUGCCAAUCCCCUCUCCUGUUCCUGGACCUGCCCAUGUCCCACCUUCACUGCCAGGUCCAGUCCCGGGAUCCAAAGCUUCAGGGGAUGGCAUCCCAGCAAAGGCUGCGCUAGACCCUGGCAUGCCUAAUGGGCACGCCUGCCUCUCAGAUCAUCACUCUGUCAAGAGCCAGGCACGGAGGACAAGUCUCCAGAAUGAGAGCGUAACUAAAAAUGAAUAUGCCAACAGGCUGCGAGCUCAGGUAGCAGCAGAGAGGGCCAAACAGGUGGAGGAGUUCCUGCAGCGCAAACAAGAAGCCCUGCUCAAUAAAGUCCGUGCCGAAGGCCAGCUGGGGGCCCGGCAAAACCUGGCCACCAUCUUUGCGAGUCGGACAAACUCUUCCCGAGGCAGGAGACCCAGGGUCAACAAGGAGGAGGAGGAGUAUUUGGCACGGCUGAGGCAGAUCAGACUGCAGAACUUCAACGAGCGCCAGCAGAUUAAAGCUCGUCUCAGAGGAGAGAAGCAUGACAGUGAGUGUUCAGACAGUCAAGAGUCUUGCGAGGAGUUGGAGCUCAGGAGGAAAAAGAUUGAAGCUCUGAAGGCGCAGUCGAAGGCCCGUGCAGCUGUCCUGAAAGAGCAGCUAGAGAAGAAACGGAGAGAGGCUUACGAGAAAGAAAAGAAAGCAUGGGAAGAGCAUCUCGCCGCUCGAGGAGUAAAGGUUGAAAUCGGACCGCUGAAAGGAGCUGCGCCUCCUCAGCCUGACCACGCCCCUCAGGAUGCCAUCACUAAAGCCACACCCCCUUCUAGACCCACCACUCCAGCCAUCUCUAUGACCGCAGCUCUGAAGGAUGUGGGCGUGACUGCACCUGGGCAGAAUAUCCCAGUGAAGGAAGAUCCCUCAAAACCUGAGACAUCAGAUGUUCAGAGUGAGAGGAAAGAGAUUCUGCGCAGACUGAAUCAUAAUUUAAAGGCUUACCCUUCGAAGGAAGAGGACAAGCAAGAGACGGCACCUCUUAGUGAGCCUGGCCCCGCCCCCCAGCCCUGCCAGCCAGUCACAGAAGAGAGACCACAAACUGGCGGUGAUAGACGCAGAUGGGAGACUGGAGCGCCUCCUGUACUCUCAGUGGCGCAGUACACUCUGGAGGACACGUGUAGCACUAUGGCAGUGUCUCAGGCAGCGUCUUCAGAGGCGAGUCCCGUCUCUGGUGGUGACAGGAAGAAGUGGCAGCCUGGUGAUGUUCCGCUUGCUGUGGCUCAUCAGACUCUGGAGGACACCAGUAUCACUACAGCAGAACAGACAUCAGGUGAAGUCAUUCCUAUGGGGGAGGGGCUUAGGAAAGUAUGGGGGCAGACCCCAGUUUCAGAAGUUUUGAAAAUUCUCGAGGAGGCUGAACUUCAGCCGCUCACCCAGUGCCUGGAUAACAGCAGCGUUUGUGACAAAACACACACCGAAAGCCUUAAACCUACACUGGGGCCUUCAGAUGAUCCUGAUGGAGUUGCUUUGGGGCCUUACCCUCAGCCAAGCCAAGCAGUCAUUGACCAAGACCAGGAAGAGCAAGCCACUGUCACCCAGGUCCAAGAUCAACAAGCUGUCGUUGGCCUGGAUCAGGAACAACAAGCUACCAUUUGCCAGGACCAAGAUCAGCUCAUUGCUGCCAUUUAUCAGGACUGUGAGCAAGAAUCAGUGUCUCCAAAGGCUCCGUCAGACACGGAAGUGAUCAGCAGUCAGGAGCUAAAACCAGGCUCACUAGAGAAGAGUCUCCCUGAUGAAAAAGGGUCUGAGGAAACAGAUGAAAUAGAGUGUUUGGUUCUUGAAGAGGACCUUCCGCAAACAUCCAAACCUCCAGCUGAAGUGGUGAAUGCUUGGGGACAGAAGGCUCUUCAACCCGGGCUAGAAGAGGGCAGUGCAACACUGACAGAGAAGCAGAACGACGAAAAGACGCUAGGUACAGAGGAUGAGAAGCAAGUUGGGGUUACAGUGCCUGGUGAUGCUGCGUUUGUGAAGCUGAGCUGUAGUCCAGCGCACAGGCGUGCAGUGGUGCUGUCCACCAUGUCCGCCCAGUCCUCAGUGGAAGACACGUCAUCCUCAGUGGCCUCCCGCUCACGCUCUGUCUCACCGCUACGCCGCCAUGACGACGCACUUUUGAUCGGCCUCUCCACCGGCCUUUUUGACUCCAACAACCCUAAGAUGCUGAGGACAUGCUCUCUACCAGAUCUCAGUAAAAUCUUCAUCGGCUCUACAGAACCUGAUGGUGCCUCCACCCAUGACAACAAUCUGGAGAUAGAGGACCUGGAGGACAAAGAGGAUGAGCAGUCUGACACAGACGCAUACGAGGAUGAAGAUCUGCGAGAGCUCAGAGCCUCUAUGGAGAGGCUGCUCCAACAGCAACGAAGUGAUGAUGAUGAUGAAGAGGAUGGCGUGUCUGACGGCAGUCCUCCUGAUGAAGACGAGCAUGCCGGAUUGAACGGUCAGAGCAAGAGCAGUCCGGUGGAGGGUGACUUGAAGAGUGCAGAAGCUGUGGAGGAGGACGAUGACAAUCCCGAGAACAAUCCCGAAAAAGAGGCUAGUAACGGGCAUGACGCGGAGGAGGAUGAAGAGCAGAACAGCGAGAGGAAGCUCAACGAGGAGUGGCAGUCAGAUGACAGUGAGGAAGAAGUGACGAGUGAUUCGGAGCAGCAGGAGAGUAUAUUCAGCCGUCUGGAAGAGCUGCGUUUUCAUUUGGAGCAGGCCAUGGGCUUUGAGCACUUCAUCCAAGCCUACAACAAGAUCAAGGCAAUCAUUGAAGACGAAGACAAGAGCAUCGCUGUGGGUUCCAACAUGGUACAAAGUAUUCUGGGCCCUGAGCAUCAGCACCUAUAUCCCAAAAUCCUCCACUUAGUGAUGGCAGAUGGAGCAUAUGAAGAAGAUAAUGAUGAGUGAAGUGAUACUCAUCCUCACACUGCUGGCUGCUCAGGACAAUCUGCUGGCUCUGAAGUCUUCCCAUAAUGCUGUGCAUGAAGCGGACGGAGUGCGUGUGAAAGAAGGGACUCGGUCGCUCACGCAUGCCUGGAGUGUUACUGCCAUGUCCAACAUCAAGCACGAGUGUAAAUAAAAUAUAAAUGAAUACUAUUUAACCAAAGCCAGAGAGAAAGGGAGCGAGAGAGAUAUGUGUGUGUUUCUAACAAUCGACAGGUCAUCUGAGACAAUUUCUCACCACACAGUAUUUACAAGCAGUCAAAGCCAUGGGUGGCCUGGGUCAAAGGUCAUGGGGCCACUGUACCCUUCCUGCAUCAGGUACUCUCUUACAAUCCAGUCUCACAUUGUACACACACACACACACACACAAGUAUAUGCAUACUACACAUCCUCUUUUUCUACUUUUUGUAGUAAGGAAAACCUUUUACAGAACACAUGCAUAAACUGUUCAUUCCAGUUCUCUCCAUGUUUUCUUAACACGUGUUGCACAGUUACAGUUUAGAAAUCUGGUUACAUCUGGUUCACGUUUCACACGACGAGCAGCCACAUGUAUUGACUAAUUGAUGUUAAGUGUUAACAUGUGCAUGCAUUAUACACGCCUUACGCUGUUGCACUUCUUCUGUGAUGUAAACGAAUGAUGUCAUCGUAAGAAAUUACUGUGUGGAAGUGGUCCAUAAAAGUUGUACAGUAAAUUAUCUAAAGUCUAAAGUUUAAGUCUAAAGACGUGAUAGAGAAAAUGCAAACUCAAUGUUUGUCUUUGUAUUCACAAAUAAAUGCUUAAUUUUUAAGCUU